AUGCACUUAGCACGCCCCCUCAUAAUUAUACUCGGCGUCACUUGUGCCAUCGCGUGGGAAUUCCCCCAGAAGCCCGUUUUCCCUCCUGGCCAAAACUCAAUCCCAAACGUGAACGACAACAUAGACAUCGUGACCGGAAGUCAAUUCAAUGGCUUGGCCACAUACGCGAACCUUCCCUAUCUCAACUGCCUCUCGGACAGCGAAGCCGAGGGGAAGAAGUACGAUAUUGCGAUUUUGGGGGCGCCGUUUGACACGGGGGUCACGGCUAGACCAGGGGCUCGGUACGGCCCGCGAAGCAUCAGGAUCGGGAGUGAAAGAAAGGCGGAAGACUUUGCAUGGAGCGUAUAUACUGGGAGAAACCCCCUCCAGUCAUGGGCCACCAUCGUAGACUGCGGCGACGUGCCACUCACCUGGCUGGACAACAACAUAGCUCUGGCGCAGCUGGACAAAGCGCAUAAAGUUGUUUCCGGACGAAAGGCCUCGAAUGAAAGCAAUUCGGCACACCCGAGGAUCAUCACGCUGGGUGGCGACCAUACCACCACGCUCUCUGCUCUCAGGUCGACGUACAAGCACUGGGGCCAGGUCUCGGUGAUCCAUUUCGACAGUCAUAUCGAUACUUGGGAUCCUGCUGUUCUAGGGGGUGGAAUCUCGGAUUAUGCAGGGCUGAAUCACGGAACAUUCUUGCACAUUGCACACGAAGAAGGCUUGAUCCGCAACUCCUCGAUCCACGCCGGCAUACGAGCGCCCCUCCUGCGAAGGAAAGGCGACUUGAGAAACGACAUCGACUGUGGCUUCUCUAUUGUCAGGGCUCGCGACCUAGACAAGAUUGGCACCGAGGGUGUGAUUUCUCAGAUCAAGAAGCGCGUUGCGGAUUCAAAGGUCUACAUUAGUGUGGACAUCGACGUCCUCGAUCCCGCAUUUGCGCCAGCGACAGGAACGCCGGAGCCUGGAGGCUGGUCGUCGAGAGAACUGCUCACAAUCCUUGAUGGUUUGAAUGGCCUUGAUGUCAUCGGUGCGGAUGUCGUAGAGGUGGCACCGAUCUACGAUACAGCUGGUCAAACAACGGCACUUGCCGCUGCUGAGGUCGUUUUUUCAUUAAUCGAACUGAUGGUUGAAAAGCCAAUACAUCACUGA